GCUCAGAGGCAACACCAUCACUUGGUUUCCUGACUCUCACACCUCAUCACUACUUCAUCUGACAACUAGGUUAAUCAAUACGCUUCUGGCUUUAAAGAUCACUUAUCUCUUUUUUUUUUACGAGGUCAUCUAAACACGGUUCAAGUUUUUAAAGUAACUGGGGUUGGAAGACUGUUGUUUGAAGGGACAUGGAGGCUGUGUUUGUACUAGUGUUGGUGAUGUUAGCAGCAGUGUUCCAUGCUACAGACGUGACCACCUGUACUGCUACACAGAACUCAUCCCAGUGUUCUGUGUCUCUGUGUGGAACUCUGGAUCUCCAGCUGAUGACCAAUGCAAGUGGAUGUGAACUGCUGUUUAAAAAGAACCUCACUGAUGGUCCGACACUGAUAUUCUCACUGAAAAGAAACAAGGUGACCUUCAAGAGACCCACUGAAGGCAGAUCACAGUUCUUUAUGAACAACGGGACCUUUAGGUUAACCAACGUGGAGAAGGCUGAUUCUGGGAAAUACUUCUUGGAGAUCUACGAUUCCGGAGGGGAACGUUUGGGAACCAGACGAGUACAACUGGACAUUGAAGGGCUAUGUCUACCCAUGGUGCUCAUUUUAGGGUCAGUGUCAGCUGGUGGUGUCAUCCUAGCAGCGAUGCUGGUAGGCUGCUGUAUUGGGAGGAGAAGGAGAAUAUUCAACACCACAGACUCCAACCUCUCCACAAUGGCCAAGACCAGAGAGCUGUGUAAGGAAAUCAGGGGUAAACAUGUAGACCUGCACAAGGCUGGGAUGGGCUACAGGACAAUAGGCAAGCAGCUUGUAAGAGCAUUAAAGAUGGGUCGUGGCUGGGUCUUCCAGCAUGACAACGACCCGAAACACACAGCCAGGGCAUCUAAGGAGUGGCGCCGUAAGAAGCAUCUCAAGGGUGAGGAUGGAGCUCAGGAGUUUCUGUUUGUAAUAAAAUCCCUUUUGUGGGGAUUUUAUGCUGAUUGGCUGGUUUCCUUCUAUGCAUUGAAAUGGUUGCAUGGCAUGGUGACCUCCUGUAAUGCUACACAGAACAUGUCGUGUUACGGAGCUCUGGGAGGAACUGUCUAUCUCCAGCUGAUGAAUGAUGCCACAGGAUCCGAACUCAUAUUCAAAAAAGACCCCACUGGUGCGAAAACAGUGAUAUUCAGAAUAAAACAAAACAAAAUUGUCCAUGAUUUCAUUAAAGCCAGAUCAGAGUUCUUUAUCAAUAAUGGAACAUUAAAAAUAAAUAACACAGAGAGGAGUGAUUCUGCUGAAUAUUCUUUAGAAAUCUUCAAGUCAGAUGGACUUUACUUGGACACGAGAGUAGUACAACUGAUCAUUGGAGGAGGAUCUUAUGGCACUGCCAUAGGAUCACUAGUAGCUGUGGUCCUGGUCCUUGCAGUAGUUGUGGGAGCUUACUGUAUUCGCAAGAGGAGGAACCCUCCACAGGCAUCAGAUGCUGUUGAGAGUCCAGAACUGGAAUGUGAUGACAUCACGAUUCUAAAGGAGAGGGAGAAACAGAGAGAGAUUCCAGAGGAGGUGAUGUAUGGACAGAUUGUAGUGCUGGAGGGUGCCAGACCAAUUACAGAGAGAGACAGACCUGAGGGGCAGGGGGAGACUUUGUAUGCUGGAAUACAGCUUGGCCAAUGAGAGCUGCAUGUUUGAAGGGUUGGUCUUUAGAAGUGGUACUGAAGCCUUGUUUCUCCAUUUGUUACUGUAACGAAUUGGAUUAACUUUCCCAUAUUACUGUUUAUAUUUCAUGGCAUUCAAUGCUGAGGGUUUUGUACAUUAUUUACCUAAAUAAAUAUCCCAACAAAUGGACUGUC